AUGAAAUAAAGACCAUAAUUAGCAUGCGACGCAGUGUGUUUUAGAAAACUAGAAAAUGAUGUCAAAAAAGUAUUAUUAAUAACAAGAGGACGCGAACCAUUUUUGGGAAGAUAUGCAUUUCCAGGAGGACAUUUGGAUUAUGGUGAAGACCCAAUUUAAUGUUGUUUGAGAGAACUCAAAGAGGAAACUGGAAUAUUAGGAUUAAGUGUUGAUUUGAUAGACGUAAAAGGAUCUCCAGAUCGAGAUCCAAGAGGACAUUACGUCUCUAUUGUGUAUAAGAUUGAGGUUCCAGAAGAUGCUGAGCCUGAGGCAGCGGAUGAUGCUAAGACAGCUCAAUGGGUAAGUGUUGAAGAAAUGCUCAAAUUGGGUAAAGAUGCAUUUGCAUUUGAUCAUUAUGAAGUGCUAGAAUAUGCUCAUAAGAAAUUCCCAUGAAUAUAAAUAUAUUAUAUAAGAUAUCA